AUGAAAAGGAAAAUUUUUCUUGUUUUAACAAUUAUUGCCUCAUUUAUUGGAUACUUGAGAUAAAUUUAAAUUAACGAGUAAGUUCAAAGACUUCAGUUCGCACCAGAAGUCACUACACCUGGCGAUGUAUUGAGGGAUGGGAAAUUAGUUGUAAACGGGUUUGCAAGAAGAGACAUUAGGAAAUUUGAUUCUUCCUAAAUAUCUUUACUAAAUCGAUUAUUUCGAUUCAAGUAAUGGGAUUAUUUCCAUUUGACAACAUCCGAAGUUUAUAUAGCCGUAGCCUUUGUGGAUUUAGGAUACGUCCAAAGCAUCUAAUUUACAUUUUAUUCGGUGAAAGAUAACUACUUCAUCCAUAAGGAUAAAGUGGUCUAUCCAUUCUAAUCUAGACAAUUCACUUUAGAAGAUGACUGCACUCUCAAAGGUAAUUUAACAAGAACAUUUAAAUCUGAUGCCAUCAAUGUCGAAUACAAGGGAUGGUUACAUAAUGGUGUUGAAAUGAGAGGAAUUUAAAUUACUUUUGACGGAUUUGAAGCCUCCUUUGUUAUGGAAUCACAUUAACAAGAUGAUCUCUUCAUUUUGAAGCCUUUUACUCAAGAAGGAGAUAAGUUUUUCUACAGCAGAAAAGCCUAUGGAUGGCAUUCAUAUGGUUAAAUUAAAUAUAAUUAAUAAAUCCACAAAUUUACAAAGGCAAAUGCUGGUAUGGACUACGGAAGAGGAAUCUUCAAUUAUGCAACAUUCUGGUUAUGGGUCUCAGGUAUGGGAUUCUCAUAGGAUCAUAGAAUCGGAUUUAAUUUGGGAGCUGCUGGAGACAAUGUUAAAGGUAAGGAAACAUCAGAUGAGGGUAUAUUCAUAGAUAACUAAUUGUACGUUCUUAGUGAUCUAGAGUAUAGUUUUGAUUUGAAUGAUCUUGAAAAAAUUAUAACUGUCAGAGGAAAAGAUUUUUAUUUAGAAUUUGUUCCCAAAACCACUCAUCUUUUCACUGAAGAUUUAUUAUUGAUAGACGUUAAGUUUAGACAGUUGAUAGGAGUAUUCAAUGGAAAAUUUAAGGAUAUUGAAUUUUCAAAUAUUGUUGGUCUUGUUGAACUCAACAGAGCAAAAUGGUGAUAUAUCAAAUAAGAAUAUUAAA